CUCCCGCUUCCUCCCAGCCCCGCUAAGCCUGGGCACAUCCUCCUGCCACCCGCGCACCUCUCCGCGCCGUCCCCGCUCCGCGGCUCUGCCCUCGGCUGAGCUCGGCUCCCGCAGGCGCUCAGCCUCACGCCCCUCGGCCCCCGCCCCGCCGGCCGGACAGGGAGGAGCAGAUGGCCAGGCCUGCCGUCCACGCUGCCCACAUGCUGUUCCUCGUCCUCCUCGUGCUUCUGGGGCUGAGCCUGGCAGGCUCCCUUGCGCCCGGAACCCCUGCUCGGAACCUCCCUGAGAAUCACAUUGAUCUCCCAGGCCCAGCACUGUGGACGCCUCAGGCCAGCCACCACCGCCGGCGGGGCCUGGGCAAGAAGGAGCGGGGCCCAGGCAUGCCCAGCCGGGCCCAGGAUGGGGCUGUGGUCACCGCCACCAGGCAGGACUCCAGGAUGCCGGGGGCUGAGGGGCUGCCGCCUGGGCACACUCCUGCAGGCCUGCUGCGGGACAAGGACCUGCUCCUGGGGCUGGCGUUGCCCUACCCUGAGAGGGAGAAUCAGCCUCCAGGGUGGGAGAGGGCCAAGAAACGUGGCCGGGAGCACAAGAGACGCAGGGACAGGCUGAAACUGCACCGAGGCCGAGCCCUGGUCCGAGGUCCCAGCUCCCUGAUGAAGAAGGCGGAGGUCUCCGAAGCCCAGGCGCUGGAGGCCGCAGCGGAGGAGUCCUCUACCAGCCUGGCCCCCACCAUGCUCUUUCUCACCACCUUGGAGGCGGCACCUGCCACGGAAGAGUCCCUGAUCCUGCCUGUCACCUCCCUGAGGCCCCAGGCACAGCCCAGGCCCGACGGGGAGGUGAUGCCCACGCUGGACAUGGCCUUGUUCGACUGGACCGAUUAUGAAGACUUGAAACCCGACGUCUGGCCUUCUGCAAAGAAGAAAGAGAAAUACCGGGGUAAACUCUCCAGCGAUGGUAACGAGACGUCACCGGCCGAAGGGGAGCCAUGCGACCAUCACCAAGACUGCCUGCCAGGGACCUGCUGUGACCUGCGGGAGCAUCUCUGCACGCCCCACAACCGCGGCCUCAACAACAAGUGCUUUGACGACUGCAUGUGUGUGGAGGGUGAGUCCGGACUCCUUGUGGGGGCUCCCCGUGCUCCAGGAACCCCCACGGAGCUCUCCCUUUCUCCAAGCUGGUUCUGCCAUGAGGCGGGACGAGAUUUCCCAGUGGGUGGGAGAGUCCCCGGGGAGCUGAGGACAGGAGCGAGAACAGCUUUGCACGGUGCCUUCCCAAUCUGUGAGCUCAUUUAGUGCCGAUUCCUGGCAUAGCUUCUCAGAUUUGCUUUUCUCACCUCUUGAGAAAAUACAAGCUGGAGUGAUGCUCUCCCACGAUCUGGAGGAGGGAAGAAGGGAGGAGACAGGAGUGUAUCUCUUUAAAUAAGAUCCAACCUUAAAAGCAUGCCGCUUUCACUCUGGAAUUCUACCCCAGGGGAGGCAUUCCAAUGCGAUAUCAGCUCAGC